UUUAACUUUCCCAACUAUCCAACUCCGCAGCAGAGUCAGAUCCGAGCAGCAGACCCGAGACUGCAGACCACUGGGAGGAGAUGGCGAUUCCGCGGAUUGUCCUUCCCCUCCUGGCUACUCUGUCUCUCCUGUGCACCCCGGGGUGGACCUCUGACCCGGACCCUUGCAACUCGCAGGUUGUUUCUGCUCCUUCUGGAGGACUGAAGAGGCUGGGAGUCACCUUCAAAUCAGAGAACUGCUCCUCCCUCCCUCUAGGUAAACAUUGGAUCCAUGAGGUCCUCAAUGUCUCCUACAGUCACAUGACCUGUGAGGACCGCCUGGCAGUUAUCGUCAACUGGAACCCCAGCCCUCUAGGUAUCGAACAUGUGCGUGGGUUUAGGGUGUACGUGGAGGAGAAGGACCCCGAGGGGAAACAGUGUCAACAUCUGAUCCUCAAAGACCCGCGACAGCUAACCUUCAACUACAGGAACACGAAGCUGAGCAGCCUGGCGUUCCAUGGGUUGAACUUUGAAACAGACUACCUGGUGCGCGUGGUCCCGUUCCCCACACGAAUGAUGAACGACACCUUCUUCCCGCCCUCCUUCCUCAGGACCAACUCCUGUGAACUGCUCUUGGGUCCAGAAAAUAUAGCAUGUAAACCAUAUUGGAAGCCCAGGACUCUGAAUGUGUCUCAGAACGGCAGUAAUUUGCAUGUGGCGUUUGACCAUGCCCCCUCCACGUUUGGCUUUGCUGCCUACUUCCUGUACUUCAAACUACGACAGGAAGGACCAUUCAGGACGCAGCGCUGUACCCCUGACUACAGCCUGCCCAGAACCUUGUGUACCCUACAGGACGUCGCACCUGGAACCUACGCUAUCGAGUUAAGAGAUGAGAAUAAUUUGACAAGGAGAAAGACGCAAUUCUACGUGGGCCAAGGCCACUCCCCCUGGGCGGGGCCUAUCAGGGCGAUGGCCAUCACAGUUCCUCUGGUCGUCCUCUCAGCCUUCGCGACGCUCUUCACAGUCAUGUGCCGCAAGAAACAACAAGAAAACAUAUACAGCCAAUUGGACGAGGAUAGCAGCGAGUCGUCCAAUCACGGCGCAGCUCAGAGUGUUGAGAGGAUGGGGCCCCGGCCAAAGGUGUUGGUGGUCUACUCCAACCGAGACGGAGACCAACACAACUCCGUCAUCCAGGCCUUCGCCUACUUCCUGCAGGACUUCUGCAGGUGUGAGGUUGUGCUGGACCUGUGGGAGCACCUCCAGAUCUGUAAGGAGGGCCAGAUGAGCUGGCUCAGCAGACAGCUGGACCAGGCAGACCACGUCCUCGUCAUCUGCUCCAGGGGCCUGCGUUACCACGUAGAGAGGAAGAGUUGCCGGGGGAAGACUCCAGUAGGUCGUCGUGGAAUCAGCAACAGCGCACCCGUUGGUGGAACAGGCAGUGACCUGUUCAUUGUAGGCGUAGCCAUGAUUGCGGAGAAGCUGCGAUUGGCCAACCAGGGAGAAGGCGGCGGGGGCGAGGGGCUCGGGCGCUACGUGGCCGCGUACUUCGACUACUCAUCAGAGAACGACGUGCCCACGCUGCUCAGCCUGGCGCCUAGGUUGAAGCUGAUGGACCAGCUGUCCCAGCUGGUGGUCUGUCUGCACCCGGGCGGAGCGUGGGGCUCGUCGGACCGCACCGCCGCGCCCAUCAACGCGUCCCGCCGCAACUACUUCCGCAGCCGGUCGGGGCGCGCGCUCUACGUGGCCAUCUGCAACAUGCACCAGCACAUCUCCCUGCACCACCAGGACGCCCCCCCUCCCGCCUGCGCCCCGCCCCCCGCCGCCUGCUCCCCCUCGGGGUCCUCCCUGGCCCUGAGGGAGGUGUUGGUGAAGACGCCCGACGGGAGACGGGACCUCCUGCAGAGGAACACGCUCCUCCUGGCGGACAGCUCGGACCCCACGCUGGCCGCGUGCUCUUUGGCGGGAGUUGUUCCUUCUCUGAGGUCCUCAUCUGGAACAUCUGGCCUCUCGCACAGAGCACCACCUUCGUCAUCAUCUCCCUCAGGCUCCUCUUCUUCCUCAACACCCUCCCUCCCCCAGGAUGACCCAAGCCCCUCCCCUCUUCCAGUCACACCUACCCUGACAGAAGCCCCGCCCUCUCCUCCAGAGAUCCUGCCCCCUCGUGACUCUGGGAUCUACGAUUCGUCGGUUCCCUCCUCAGAGCUGUCCAUUCCCCUGCUUGACGGUCUGUCACAGGACCAGGCAGACUCCGCCUCCCUGGCAGACAGCGAAUCAUCUUCCUCCGGGUUGGGAGACGAGGAGCCCCCUGCUGGCGUCUCCCUGCACUGCAGCGACAUCGGCGUGUGUAAAGUCCAGCUGCACCACCGCCCUCUACUGCCCAGCGACACACUCACACCCCUGGCUUCAAUAUGACUCUGAACCCCCUGGCUUCCCUCAUUCUACGCCCCUGUUAUACCUCUACACCCCUGGCAUCACUUUACCCUGCACCCCUGGCCUCCUUCUAACUCUAAACCACUCGCUAAUAGCCGUGAAAGCCAAUCCCUUUUCGGACCAUGUCCGAAAGGGGUAGAGGGUGGUCUUCUGCACCAGAGGAGGUCCUGUCGGAGCUGGACUGAUAAUUAUGUUCCCGGAGAUGAGUCAUUCCAGAUGAAUGGACUGUGUGUGGAAACGACCAAACCCGUACCAGUCAGUGAAUGUUCGGGUCUGUGGAUUUCCAGCGGUGGAGACUUGGAGGAGGAUGGGAGUUGUGCUGUCUACCAUGUCUGCUGACCUAUCUCUGGCCCAGACUCGACGUAGAGUGCUCGUGUUGGUACAAAGGGUCUGGGUGGGAAGUCCUACGUCCAGUGAAGUAUCAGAACUCUGUAACUAGAUGUUGGUUGCUAAUUUGGUCUAGACAUGACUAAUGGAUCUUAAAGGGAGUAGAAUAACUAUAAGAGAUGUUACUGUAGAGUACUGUAUCUUUAGGAGCUUUAUAAAGAGGGACCUUUUUACUAUAUGUAAAUAUGCAUUGUUCUCCUGUUCUGCUUUGUACAGUUGCAUGAUAUUUGAGCUUUGUCUAUGUUAGGAUAACGUACUGUUUUAUAGUACUCUGAUGUAGGGAAAUAAAAUGUCGCUCUUUUCAU